AUGGCCGUAUUUCCAUUGCCCCAGCUUGAAGAUAAUGCUGUAUUAUUACCCAGUUCCCAAACUAACUCAACGCAGCCUCAGCUAUGUGACGUAUGGAGAGAUAUACAAGGUGCCCAUAAUUGGAAUGGUUUGCUUGAUCCCAUGGUGCCCAAUUUGAAAGCUGAAGCUCUCAGAUAUGGGAAUUUGGCACAGCUUUGUUACGACGCAUUUGGUGGCAAAAGCUACUCCAAAAACUACGGCACAUGUUAUCACAGUAAAAGAGAUCUGUUCAAUAAGAUGGGCAUGUCUGAAAGUGGCUACCAAGUCACUAAAUAUGUUUACGCCAAUACUAAUCUGUUAAAUCAAGUUUUUGGUGAGAAACCAAAAGACCAAGGUGUUUGGUUGGGUUUUAUUGCAGUUUGCACGGAUCCAAAUGAGAUAAGAAGGCUUGGACGACGAGACAUAGUGAUUGCAUGGAGAGGAACUCAGACUGCUGAAGAAUGGAUAGAAGACCUGAGAGAUAUUCUUGUACCUACAAGAUUAUCCUAUAGAUGCAAGAGGACAGGCGCUGCAGGAGCCACUGUGAACAUCAGCACCAGAGAUUUGGUAGUCUCAGAGAUAGAACGAUUGAUUCAAGUUUAUGAAAAAGAGAUGGACAAUUUAAGCAUAACAUUUACGGGACACAGCUUAGGAGCUGCUCUUGCAACCUUGAGCGCUUAUGAUAUCAAACAAAUGCUUUGCACCAAGCAUAAUUUUCAUCAAAUUCCCGUCACCGUCUUCGCUUUUGCCUCUCCCCGGGUGGGAAAUCUUGCGUUUGCUAAACGGGUGGAGGAGAUUGGAGUGAAAGUGCUGAGGUUUGUGAACAAGCGUGACCUGGUUCCCAAAGUGCCCGGAGUUUGUAUGAACGAGAACGUGGGAUGCCUCAGCAAAUUGCUGCAUUGGCUUCCGUGGACAUACUUUCAUGUUGGCGUCGAGCUUCCUUUACACAACAAUUCUCCAUUCAUUCAGCACACCCAUAAUCUUGCCUACUUUCAUAAUUUAGAGCUUUACUUGCAUUUACUGGACGGGUACGUUGGAAGUAAGCAGCCGUUUUCUUGGAGUGGAAGAGAUCAUGCUCUGGUUAAUAAGAGCUGUGAUUUAUUGCGCGAGAAAUAUGAAAUUCCUCCAAAAUGGUGGCAGGAACAGAACAAGGGCCUCGUUAAAGGUCCAGAUGGCAAAUGGACGCAGCCAUCAGAAAAGGAAUAA